AGGCACCACCUGCAACAGGAGAUGUUUCGGAGGUGUACACGGCGGUCCGGGGAGGAACCGAACGGAGCAGAGGAGCUACCGGGAGAAGCGAGUAGAGGAGCCACCGGGACUGUUAUCACCGGGACACAAACACAGCUGCUACAACAACAAAACAGACACACAGCGGGAGGAGUGUGAGUGAUCGGAGGUGAUAUCCUGUCUGCUGACAGUGUAGCUCCGCCCCUCAAAGAGUCUGUCUGACGGGACAGGUGGGUGGGCGGUGGUGACAGGGCGCUGGAGGUGCCAUGUAUCAGGGGUGAGGGGGAUCAGCUGCGGGGGACACACGGAGUCGGGUGAGGAGGGGGGAGAUGAAGCUCAAACAGCGCAUGGUGGUGCUGUGUGCCGUGCUCCUCCUGCUCGGCCUCGCCAAGAUCUUCCUGCUGGACGGAGGAGAGGGCUCUGCUUCCAGCCGACGGGACCUCAGAGCUUUCCGCAAGAUGGAGGCAGGCCUCUCUCUCUCCCGGGGGGCUCGCCUCACCCACACCCUGCAGUCUCCGUGGGAGAUAGCAAGUCAGUGGGUGGGUCCGAGGGAGGUAUACCCAGAAGAGACCCCCGAGCUAGCGGCCGUGCUCACCUCGCUCAGCUCCGCCCGGAUCGAGCGAGCCGACGUGGGCUACAAGGGGACACAGUUAAAGUCCCUGCUGGUGCUGGAUGGGGGUCAGAAGGUCGUCUUCAAACCCAAGAGGUAUAACAGAGACUAUGUGGUGGAGGGCGAGCCGUACGCAGGCUAUGACAGACACAAUGCUGAGGUAGCUGCUUUUCACCUGGACAGGAUCCUGGGCUUCAGGAGAGCACCUCUAGUGGUGGGGAGGUAUGUUAACCUGCGGACCGAGAUAAAACCUGUGGCCACAGAGCAGCUGCUGGGCACCUUCCUCAUGCAGGGUAAUAACUCCUGUUUUUACGGGAAGUGUUAUUACUGUCGGGAGAGCGAGCCAGCGUGUGCAGACGGAGAGAUGAUGGAGGGCUCUUUAACUCUUUGGCUACCGGACGUGUGGCCUCUGCAGAAACACAGACACCCCUGGGGACGCACUUACAGGGAGGGCAAACUGGCCAGGUGGGAGUAUGAUGAGAGUUACUGCGAGGCGGUGAAGAAGAUGCCCCCGUACGACGCCGGCCCACGUCUGCUGGACGUCAUUGACACGGCCAUCUUUGAUUACCUCAUCGGUAAUGCCGACCGUCAUCACUACGAGAGUUUCCAGGAUGACGGUGGCGCCAGCAUGCUCAUCCUGCUCGACAACGCCAAGAGCUUUGGGAAUGCAGCCCUGGACGAGCGCAGCAUCCUCGCCCCUCUCUACCAGUGCUGCAUGGUGCGGGUGUCCACCUGGAAUAGGUUGAACCUGCUGAGGGGCGGAGCUCUGAGCUCAGCGAUGCGUCAGGCUCUUGGAUUCGACCCCAUCCAGCCAGUCCUGUCCGAGCCUCACCUGACAGCUCUGGACCGCCGUCUGUCGGGCAUCAUAGCAACAGUGAAGCAGUGCAUGGAGAGUCAGGGCGCAGACAAUACGCUGAUCGAGGACCGCAUCAACCUCCCCCACCCCUGAACAUAUAGAAAUGCUGAGGUGAGGGGAGGAGAAUGGAUGUUUUGUGCCUCUCUGACAGCAGGACCCUUUGUGGACUCUCUGAGGACUGAUGUACAUACAGGACAGAGCCUGGUCCCGCCCCACGCCAUUUUAUCAGGCUGUCUACAGUCAUAAACUGAAGAGUCGACUUUGAUGAACAAAAAUAAAUUGAAUCCGGAUUUAAAUAAGGUUUUUUUUCUCCUGAACUCUGAUUGGAGGAGAGAGGAGCUCCUUCACUGUACAGACGAAUCUCCGUAGUGACCGAAAAUAUACAUCUGUGAUUAAAAAUAAUAUGUGAGUGAUUGAGAGAGUGAGAGAGUGAGUGGUGCGCAAUACUGUGCCAUAUAUAAGAAGCUACUGAUGGGACAGACUUGAAAGGGGGUUCAUGUUCAUUAUUAAAUUCUGAUGUAUUUAACUGA